GCAUGGCAUGUUCUGUCGCAUCUAGCACAUCAGCUGCUUAUUGCCAGGAUGAAGUUUGCGAUAUGUGUUGCGGUUGUUCUCAUCUCAUCUGUGUCCGGUCAUGAGUGGUUUUCAAGGAGAGAUGCGGAACCAGAUGCUGCAUGUCGAAACAUAUAUGCACAGAUGAAUGCGAUCAUGCGACAACCGCAGUUUAGGUAUCUUAUCCGAGAUGGCGAACUGAGCCUUGACUGCAGCGAACAGACAUUGGCGAAAGCGGACGAAUGCCAGAACGGUUCGUUCGUAAUGUGCAGCUCACAGUUCUCGGCCAGGCAGCUCAACAUUGCACUGAAUGCCUUCUGUCGCCACAGAACAGAUAUCGAGAACGAGCCUACAUGUUGGACUAGUGAUAACUUACCGUCGGCUGUUACUUCAUGCGCUGGACGAGACAGGUCUGCCUUUGCCCUGUGUGCUGAGCAAAACGUGGCCAACCUGACAGAGUGCUCUGCCACUACUGGCGCCAUCUUCCGGCAGCUGAUUGUGGCUGUUUUUGAUAAGAGGCACUAAUGCGUAAUAACACGUGACAACAAAUUGGCCCAAAACAUCUUGCAAUGAUUGUUUGCUAAUAAAUCAAUCAAAAUGUG